CCUCGUGGGGAGCAGUUAUGUGACGCUGACGAUGGAGCGCAGCAGCAGAGACGAGCGGAACCGGCCAUGGCUCAGCAGUCACCAUGACAACGAGCCUGAUGAGGAUGACUAUGCCGUUCCGGAGGAGGACUACGAUGAUGGGAUGGUGCACAUCCAGCCGGCGAGGCACUGUCUCCCUAACACAGAGUAUGCAGACAGGGGUCACCACAGACCAAUACCCAGUGCGGAAGGCAGAAACAAAUUCAAUAAUCAUCCGAGCCCUCCAAAAAGGGUCAUCCCAGGGCCUGCAGUCAAUAGAGACCUCAAACCAGGCAGGCAGACAAAAAAUAAGACUGAGAAAACAGAUGGGCCCUCAAAGACCAAUGUUUCUGAUCUGCAUCAGCGUCGGAGAAGCCCUCCAAGGCCUGCUAAACCAGUCCCAGUAGCCCGUACGCGUGAGGUAACUUCUCCAAGUUCCAGACUACCAAGCACUGGAAGCUACCCAACAGACCCCUCGACACAGUCCCACACAGCACCAGCAUGGAAGGAGCUUCCUAAGCCUGCUCCUUUGAUUCCUGGUCGUGGCUUGCCUGCCACUGGCAUCAGACUUCCAACCGCUGGAGAGGACAUCCCUGCUCUGAGGCGACCCACAGUCUCAAUCCCCAGCCAUGGAGGCUACGAGGCAGACACCAAGACCUCACAGAGUGCACCAGCUCUCGGGCCGAGACCCUACGUUUCACCCCCAAGCCAUGGAGGCUACACAGCAGACACCCAGACAUCACCGGGUGCACCAGCUCUCGGGCUGAGACCCUACCUUUCACCCCUAAGUCAUGGAGGCUAUACAGCAGACACCCAGACAUCACAUUGUGAGCCAGCUCUUGGGCCGAGACCCUACGUCCCACCCCCCAGUCAUGGAGGCAACGAAGCAGACACCAAGACCUCACAGAUUGCACCAGCUCUCGGGCCGAGACCCUAUGUUUCACCCCCAAGCCAUGGAGGCUACACAGCAGACAUCCAGACCUCACAUAGUGGACCAACAUGGAAGGAAUUUCCACGUCACCAAAGACAGCCAACGGCUAACUCCAAAUGCAUGAUGCUCUCCAGUGGAGAGAGAGCCUCCAAGCCUCCACAAAGGCUGUCUUUAGAUCUUGAAUCUCAGGAACUGUUUGAUUCAAGACAAAUGCCUCGAAAAGAGGGACUGACAGAUAACAACUCCGUGAAGAGACACCAUGAGUGGCCUCAAGAUAAAGAGGAUUUGGAUCAUAGCAACUUCAAACCUCAGGAGAGGCCUGCUGUGAUGUCCGACUGGUAUGUGGGAGACUUUUCACGAGUGGAGGCAGAGCAUGCUCUUCAUCUGGUGAACAGGGACGGUGCGUUCCUGGUCAGGGACUGUUCCAAGUGCACAUCUGAGGAGCCCCUGGUUCUGGCCUUGUUCUUCGAGAAGCGCGUCUAUAACCUCCAGAUCCGCUACAGCCUCGGGACCAGCAAGUAUACGCUGGGCACGGGACUAAGGACACAUGAUACAUUCGACACAGUGCCCGAUAUCAUUAAAUUCCACUCAAUCUUCCCAAUCGUGCUGAUUGAUGGUAGGAAUCCAGCUGAUGACUCCCCUCGGAGAGCUUGUGUCCUCAUGCAUCCCAUCACCAGAAUGGACAUUCAGCAACUGCUGCAAACAGAGAGCAACCAACUUCUGCAGACACCUAAACACAUAUCUGGCUUUGAAGCGAGAUAAAAAGGAAAAUGGUUCACAUGUUCUGGACUGGUAUUUGCAAAUGAAUUAUGAAAUAUAUUUAUAUAACUUAUGACUAUGGGGUGCAUCUUUAAAAGCCCACCUUCAGUAGUAAAACAGAUUUACCUAUAAGGUAUCUUCAUGUACGUAACUCAGGUGAAUGUAAACCUUUUGGGAUCAAAAUGAAUUGAAAUACAGUAGCCACAGUAGAUGCAACUACAGGGUAAUCUCUGACAAUAUAUACUCAGGUACCAGCUCAUAUUGCUGAGCAUCUGGUAACAUAAUGAAACUCUGGACUAAAUGUUAAGUAAACAGAAUGAUUUAUUAACAAUAAUAUACAGUACAUAAGACAUGAUCAGAAACAAAAAUGGUUCUUAUCUUACAACUUUGUAAAGUUUGCUGGUAUAAUGAAGUCUCACCAGUCAGAUCAAGUAUGUCCAAAGUACAAUAAAUGGUCAGUAGGCAGCCUGUUUGGAUUUUCUCUUGUAUGCAUCCUGAAUACACUUUAACAGUCUCUAAAUAAAGUGUCAAAAAGUGUAGGCCUCCAACCUACUUCUAGUUGGUAAAAAAAAUAAACCUCUCAUUUGUAA